GCGCGUGUGUGUUGGGGGCGCUGAACGCAACAAAAUACCAUGUUACUCCUGUACAGUGAGUGUGUGCAUUAACGGUCCUGCUGCUUAACAUUAGUCAUCCUCACGCGCUCGAACUGCACGGGAUUCGGAUCAGCGCGACUCAGCGACGGUUCGGUCUCGAGCGAAUGCAGACGGACUGGAAGAAGAGGAGAAAGAAAGGGACUGAGAGAGAGAUAGAGAGACACGGAGAACGAUAGUCUUAGACGGCUUUUUUCAGCACCUCUGAUUUGGACAGCGCAACAGCUUUUCUUAUAGUUGCCCUGAUCGAACCGUUUUUUGUCUUUUUUUCUUCUUCUCUUCUUUCUGGGAAGUCGACGGCAAGAAAGCAACAAAUAUCUAUUAACAGACGCUUGGUUUAAGUUGUAAACUGAAAUUACACAAGCCACAGACCACAGGAAGUCACUCCAGAGGACAAAGCCUAAAGGGAGCUAUUGAAAAACCUGACCUCAAGGAGAUGAAUAUUUAUCAACUAUGAACAAUGGAGUAAAAGACAGAGCUUACUAGAAAAACCAAAUGUCUGUUUCACUUUAUUUCACCUACCUUGAUAUAUCGAUGCAACAAUGAGCUUUAAAAUACUUUUAUACCAUUGAAAGGGGUCUACUUAUCUUCUGAACCACGUAAAAACAACACAAAAACGUAGACAAAACUGGACUGUUGCAAUGUCUCCACCCUUAUUAAGUGGAGUCAGAUGGACCAAAUGUUAUGGCUUAUAUUCAGUGCUUGUUCUUUUUAGUCUUUUUCUGGCUACUUUGGCAGCAAAACCCAAAGGCCCAGGUCAUACACAUCUAAACUCCAUUCGUAUUGAUGGAGACAUCUCCCUUGGAGGAUUGUUCCCAGUGCACGCAAGGGGCCAUGGUGGAAAGCCCUGUGGUGAACUGAAAAAAGAGAAGGGAAUUCAUCGUCUAGAGGCAAUGCUUUUUGCUCUGGACCGCAUCAACAAUGACCAUGACUUGCUUCCAAACAUCACACUAGGUGCCCGUAUUCUGGACACUUGUUCCAGAGAUACACAUGCUCUGGAGCAGUCACUAACUUUUGUCCAGGCACUUAUAGAGAAGGAUGGGAUGGAUGUGAAGUGUGCUGAUGGUGGAUCUCCUAUUAUCACGAAGCCAGAGAGAGUUGUGGGUGUCAUCGGUGCUUCUUCUAGCUCAGUGUCCAUCAUGGUGGCUAAUAUCCUGCGUUUGUUUAAGAUUCCUCAGGUGAGCUAUGCAUCCACAGCCCCAGAGUUGAGUGAUAACACACGCUAUGACUACUUCUCUCGAGUUGUUCCCCCAGACACUUACCAGGCCCAGGCUAUAGUGGACAUAGUGCGGCACAUGGGCUGGAACUAUGUGGCCACUGUUGCCUCAGAAGGAAAUUAUGGAGAAAGUGGAGUGGAUGCAUUUAUCCAGAAGACUCGUGAUGAUGGAAAUGUAUGUAUAUCACAGACUGUAAAAAUCCCACGUGAGCCCAAACCAGGAGAGUUUGACAAGAUUAUCAACACUCUUGGAGAAAAUUCUAAUGCUAGAGUGGUCAUAAUUUUUGCAAGUGAAGAUGAUAUAAGGAGACUCCUGCAGGCAGCAAAGAAAGCCAAUCAAACAGGACGUUUUAUUUGGGUGGGAUCAGACAGCUGGGGUUCUAAGAUCUCUCCUGUGCUACACCAAGAAGAAAUGGCUGAGGGAGCUAUCACUAUCCUACCCAAACGCCAGUCUAUCAGAGGGUUUGAUAAUUACUUCAUCGGGCGAACGUUGGAAAACAACAGGAGGAACGUCUGGUUUGCUGAAUUUUGGGAGAACAAUUUUAACUGCAAACUCAACCGCAAUGCCUUGAAGAAAGGAACUGGCAUUAAGAAGUGCACAAAUCAAGAGAGGAUUGGGAAAGAUUCAGCAUAUGAGCAGGAGGGUAAAGUGAUGUUUGUGAUCAAUGCUGUGUAUGCCAUGGCUCAUGCCCUCCAUAACAUGCACAGAGAUCUGUGUCAUGGAAAGGUGGGACUUUGCUCCAAAAUGGACCCUAUUGAUGGAAGCCUCCUUCUUAAGUACAUCCGAAAAGUAAAUGUUACAGUCACAGCUGGAAAUCCAGUGCAGUUCAAUGAGAAUGGAGAUGCCCCAGGUCGUUACGAUAUCUUUCAGUACCAGAUAAAUAACAAAACUGCUGAGUACAAAAUCAUUGGCAGCUGGAUUGACAAGCUCAACCUUAAUAUCUCCAUGAUGCAGUGGCCGGGUGUUGUGCAGCAGGUGCCCUACUCCAACUGUAGCCAACCCUGCAAGCCAGGCUGGCGAAAGAAGAUUGUGAAAGGCAUUCCCUGUUGUUGGCACUGUGAGCGAUGUGAAGGCUACCAGUACCAAGCUGACCCAUUCACUUGCAAGAUGUGUCGCUUUGACCUUCGCCCCAACAAGAACCACACAGGCUGCCAACCCAUCCCAAUCAUUAAAUUGGAAUGGAGCUCACCCUGGGUGGUUAUGCCUGUUUUUCUUUCUAUCCUCGGCAUCAUGGCUACACUGUUUGUGGUGGUCACUUUUAUACGCUACAAUGAUACACCAAUUGUUAAGGCAUCAGGACGGGAGCUUAGCUAUGUCUUGCUGACAGGCAUUUUCCUGUGCUAUGCUACCACGUUUCUGAUGAUUGCGACUCCUGAUGUUGGGAUUUGUUCAUUCAGACGCAUUUUUCUAGGCCUUGGAAUGAGCAUAAGUUAUGCUGCUUUGCUUACCAAGACCAACCGCAUUUACCGUAUUUUUGAACAAGGCAAGAUGUGUGUGAGUGCCCCACGGUUCAUUAGCCCUGCCUCCCAGUUAGUUAUCACUUUCAUCCUGAUCUCACUCCAACUCUUGGGGGUGUGUAUCUGGUUUGUGGUAGACCCUCCACAGGCAUUUGUGGACUAUGAAGACCAACGCAUGUCAAACCCUGAGAUGGCACGAGGUGUGCUAAAAUGCGAUAUCUCAGACUUGUCACUCAUCUGUCUGCUGGGAUACAGCAUGCUGCUGAUGGUCACAUGUACAGUCUAUGCCAUUAAGACACGUGGGGUGCCUGAGACCUUCAAUGAGGCGAAGCCUAUUGGCUUCACCAUGUAUACCACCUGCAUCAUCUGGCUUGCAUUUAUCCCUAUCUUCUUUGGCACUUCACAAUCAAUGGAAAAGAUGUACAUUCAAACGACUACUCUUACCAUCUCAGUCAGCCUGAGUGCCUCUGUGUCUCUGGGAUUGCUCUACAUGCCCAAAGUCUAUGUGGUACUCUUCCACCCUGAGCAGAAUGUGGCUAAGCGCAGCACACGUAGCCUGAAGGCUGUGGUCACUGCUGCCACCAUGUCCAACAAAUUCAACCCCAAGGCCAACCUCAGACCCAAUGGAGAGGCCAAGAGUGAGCUGUGUGAGAACCUGGAAACUCAAGGCCUGUCAUCCUGUGGAUCCUCAAUUUUGACUUAGCCCAAGACAAACAUACAUCAGCUACAGCAAUCAUGCAAUGUAACAGAAUGAACUGACAACUGUCACAUCAUGAUGACAGGAAAACAGGUCAUUACAGCUGGUUUCUCGUAUGGUUUCUAUACAGACAAAUGAGUGGAAGAACUUGGGCAGUAUACAGAAAUAUUCUAAGGCCAAAUAAAGAUCCUAGAGGGACAGCUUUAUGUCUCAGGACAUGACUCAACUUUAUCUAGUUAUUCCAAAGGAUCUACCUAACUGUCAUCCCAAGGGAUCCCUAAGGACCUGCCCAACAGAAAAGCACAAGAAGCAAGUCUAAAUUACUGCUAUGGACCUCAGUGAUCAGAUGAGUUUCAGUGCAAACAAGCAAGAAACCUCCUGGAUAAGAACUUACAAAUUGUUAUGAACAGUGGUGCAUGUGUUAACCAGAGAAUGUAAAAGUAAACAUGUAUGCAAUGCUUCUCUGUUCUAAUUGGUAUUUGAACAAUUACAUGUUUGUUUGCUUAUUCAGAAGAGAUGGUGAUUUGACCCUAUAGAUUUGCAAUGGACAAUAUAUUGCAUUGAAGAAAUCAGCCAUUCCAAACAUCCUUUACUGAUUGUUCUUCAAGUCUGCAUCUUCAUUACCAACAACUAGUUCUACUGUAGCUUGUUCAGACACAUUAUUUUGAUAAUUUAAAUGAUAAUUUAAAAAUUCUCUUCUUUUAGAUAGAGAAAAUAAAUAAAUGUUAACUGUUAUCUCUUGGUGAAGUCCGAUUCAAGGGGAAAAAAGGUGGCUAAUACAGACUUGGAUCAUACUGGAUCUCAAUGCACAGCUGUCACAAGAGUCAAAGAUAGGCCCAACAGUAUGGUAUUUAUUUCUUCUAGGCCAAGUCUUAUGCUAUGGUAUCGGUAGUGCAGUUGAAAAUAAUUAAAUUAACAGUUAUGAAAUUGCAAUACUUUUGCAUUUGUGCCCCACUGAAAAAUACAAUAUAAGCCACAAACUCUCAGUUACUACACAAUUAUUGUAGGAGCAUCUACUGUAGUCAUUUGAUUGGUUAAGACAUGCCUUACAGAUCCUGACUGUAACAAAGCCCCCAGCCACUAGACAGUUUGGUUUAAUUGUCCUUUCUGACCAUCAGACUUCAUUUAGCUGAAUAUUCUUUCAGUAACAAUGAGGUGUUCAAAAACCCUAGGGACACAUCUUAGCCUGAUACACUCACACCAUGUCAUCAAAUAGUAUGUAGUUUUCUGUGUUCUUAAGCUGGUUACUUUCCAUUGAUGGACAGAAUAGGCUGAUCAAGUGUGUAUAGGAGCAUGGGAUAUAGUCAACAACUAUAUACAACAACAACAACUACAACAACAACAAAUCUAUAUGUUCCAGAAAGAAAUGUCCAAUGACUGUACCUGCAAAGUGGUUUUGUGCAAGAAAUAACAAUACUAAUAAAUAUAUUUUUAUAGGUAACCCUGAAUUGAUGCGAUUUACUGUGGAGAAAUCUUUGGAUCUAAGGGUCAUAUGAUAAUCCCUAAAUGAGUUCUAAAGUCCUGAAAAUAAAUCAAAGUGUGAUUAGUCAUGCUUUUUCUAUAUUACAAUUUCUUUGCUACAAUUUUUCUAUUGUCUUUACCCAUUGAAAACAAUGAUCGUUAAAAUGUGCUGAACAAUAAUCCUAAGAAUAGGACUAUAAACAUUCUUAAAAUGAUUGACAAAAUUUUUAAAUAUAUUACUAUACUGUGAUCUAAUCUUUGUGUGUGUGUGUGUGUGCACUAAUGUAUUGAAACAUUUGAUUGUUUAAUUGCAACUCUGUAUAAUUGUGCAUAAAUAAAGAGCAAAUAACUGAUGUCACCUCAUUGUUGGGAGGGUCUGCAAUUUUAAUACUAGCUGUGGCUCACAAAUAGAUAGUCGCAUAUGUAACUACAUCAGGUUAUGUAUGUAACCCGGUUCCUUGAGGAGGGAAUGAGAAGCCAUGUCAUGGCUGACGUUAUGGGAACGCUACUUUGUGGAAGUUGUAUCUGAAGCUCUGUGUGAAGUAUUGCACUAGGUUGCAUACUUUUUAGUCCAUAGCUCUGUGUUGUUGUUUUAUUUAUGCUACUCUGUGUUGUCUUAUGUACCCCUCUGUUGUUCUGUGUAGCACCAUGAAC